UUGAGUGCAGAUGCAGACAGGUGUAGACAUGCAAUAUUUGCCGAGGGCAAUGCAGCAGCUUUAGCUUACCAGAGCCUUGCUUGUCCUGAUGGUUUUGACAUGCAGAAAUCUAAAAGUUUUGAUGCUCUCGUUUCUAAUGCAGAAAAUGCAAAAGAUGCUACUCAUCCACUGUUCAAUAUUGAGGAUUUUUACUUUAAUGAAAACAAGACUGGAAUUUUAGACAAGAAGAUGAGGGGGUUUAUGAAUGAUGUCAGCACUAGGGUUGCUCCAUUGCUAGAGUCUGGCAUGCUCAAGAGAUUCCCAGCAAACAACAUGGUGGAUAUUAUCAUGUCUGGUUCCAAGGGCUCUAUGGUUAAUCUUGGCCAGAUUUCGCUGGCUUUGGGCCAGCAGGAACUUGAGGGCAAACGGGUGCCAUUCAUGAUGAGCGGAAAGACACUUCCCUGUUUUAGAAAACUGGAAAUGUGCCCGUCAGCUGGUGGAUUUAUAUUUGAAAGAUUUUUGACUGGCAUUAAUCCUGCCACGUUCUUCUUCCAUUCAAUGGCAGGUAGAGAAGGUCUUAUUGAUACUGCGAUAAAGACAGCUAAUAGCGGGUAUUUGCAGAGAUGUCUUGCUAAACAUCUUGAAAGCGUCUAUGUUAGAAAUGAUAGAAAGGUUAUGAGCGGAGAUAGAAUUGUUCAGUUUAAGUUUGGAGAUGAUGGCUUGGAUAUUACUAAAUGUUCAUAUUUGAAAAACUUUGAUUUUUACAUGCAAAACUUUGACCAUUUUAAGAAAUCUAGCAGGAUAGAAGAUGAGCUUGAUACUCCUGCCACAUCAAAUAAUAGUUAUGGCUACGAUGCGGAUCUUAUUCCAGAAGACUAUGCUGAAUCUAUCAAAAAGCUUCCUGUGCAUCUUGCAAAUUUCAUGUACAACAGGUUUAUAAAUUCGCUAACAAAUCCCGGACAUGCCGUUGGCAUUAUUGCUGCACAGUCCAUAGGCGAGCCAAGUACGACAGAUGACUCUUAA